CUUCCCCGGAAACCGCACAGCCAGUCGGUGGCACAGAGCACUCGCUUCACUUCUCUGCCUCCGCUAGCGCAACGCCGUCUGCUUCUCAUCACUUCCAUGGCCGCCGCCGCCUCGGUGGCUCCGUCCGGCCCAGUCCCGUUCACGGAAGUCGACGAUGGCACGGUCCCGGAGCACACUCCCAAGGAGGAGUUCGGCGACCUUGUGGCCUCCCUGCCGCGCAGGGAGCAGUCCAUCCUGGAGCUGCGUCUGUACCAGGGCUUCUGGCUGCCGGAGCACUGGGUGCCCGGAACCAUCGUGUUCCAGCGCCGCUUCACGCCGCGCCCCGACGACGUGAUCCUCGCCAGCUACCCCAAGUGCGGCACGACAUGGCUCAAGGCGCUGGCCUUCGCCACGGCGGCGCGUACGGCGUACCCGCCCUCUGACGCCGGGCACCCGCUCCGCCGGAUGAACCCGCACGACUGCAUCCCGUUCAUCGACGAGAUCUUCGCCGGCGGGGAGGACGCGAAGCUCGACGCGCUCCCGUCGCCGCGACUGAUGAACACGCACCUGCCCUACGCCCUGCUCCCGGCGUCCGUCGUCACUGCCACCGGCGGGUGCAGGGUCGCGUACGUGUGCAGGGACCCCAAGGACAUGGUGGUCUCGCUCUGGCACUUCCUCCGACGCACCAAGCCGGACCUCUCGUUCGCCGACACGUUCGAGUCCGUCUGCGACGGCACCGUGGCGGCCGGCCCGGUCUGGGACCACGUCCUCUCGUACUGGCGCGCGAGCGUCGCGACCCCGGACAGGGCGCUCUUCCUGAAGUACGAGGACCUGCUGCGGGACCCCGCCGGCAACGUGCGGCGGCUCGCCGAGUUCAUGGGCUGCCCGUUCUCGGCCGCCGAGGAGGCCGCCGGCAACGUCGCGGCCGUCGUGGAGCUGUGCAGCUUCGACGAGAUGAAGGGACUGGAGGUGAAUAGGCCUGGUGGUGGCACCGCGGGGAAGUACCGCGCCAUGCCGCGCGACGCAUUCUUCCGGAAGGGUGUCGCCGGGGACUGGGCGAACCAUAUGACGCCGGAGAUGGCGGCGCGGCUGGACCAGAUCUUCCGUGACAAGCUCCAAGGGACGGGGCUCGCCUUCUCGUAAUGCUUAACAAUCAUUUCGAGACGUGGACGCUUUUGGAUUUGCGAUUCUCUUGGCAGUUUUGCGUGUCUACAUUUCCGGAGGAAUAUAUGGUAAUGCAAAUGUGUCUACAUGAGUGGAAUAAAGAGCGAUUUUAUAUUGGUCACACGAUUCGAUCAAAUUUUUAUAUUUGUUUGUUCAGAGUCUAAGAAACAAAUGUAAUUCCUUCAAUAGGUGCUGCAAUUGCAACUGCAAAACUCUCAAGUUCUGUCA